AUGGAAACAUUAGCUGGAGUGUUAAAUGCGCUCAUAAAUACUACAAUAAACAAGGAGAACGAAGAAAACUUAAUGAAUGUUAAACUUAUUGCAGGAGUUUUGAAGUUCAGUUAUGCGAAGGAGUUUAAGAUAACACGAAUGAGUCAUAGAGUUCAAUUGCUUCUGGGAGCAUACCAUAUGACAUGUCCUUUGAAAAGUGUUGACAAAACGAUUGAGAUGAAAUCUGUUCCAUACGUAUGUUAUGGUAAUUGUUUAUACGUUGAGUCAAAAAUAGCUAAUGUCACAGGUAUUUCAGGAGUUAAUAGUAAAGGUUCAGUAGAAUAUAAAUCCUUCUGUUAUGCAGUCAAUUCAAUGUUCAUUCCAAACGUUCCUGUCAUAGCAACUCAUUUAGGUAAAUGGGUUCGCAUUAGUCCUCAUAAUUUGAAAGACAUGCAAUUCAGACUUGUUGACUUUCAAGGAGAGCCUGUAGAACUGAAGGCACCAGUGCGAAUGACUGUUGAAGUUGACUUUUUAGAAAAUAUUAAAUGCAACAGCUUACAAGAGAACUCAGAGCUAAAAAUAUAA